CCUGUGCAGCGCGGCGCGCUGCAUCAGCUGAUCCGUCACGUGGUCUGCUGUAGCUGCUGACCCUUUUUGCAAAAUGGAGUUGUCGGAGUCUGUGCAGAGGGGGCUGCAAUCUCUAGCCGAUCCGUCCUCGUUCGACCGGAGGAGCUACCAGGUGCUGGUGGACGUGUCCUUCCGCAGCCUGCUCUCCUCUCAAGCCGAUCCCAGUGUCCUCGACCAGCCCGAGCUGAAGCAGAUCGACCAGAUCCUGCUCAAGCAGAGUCACACUGCAGCGACCACCUUCAUACUGGAGGCGGUCAAACAAAACGCGGAUAAGUCAACGAUAAGCUCCUGUCUUGAAGAACUCUCAUUCAGUGCGGACAGAAUAGAAAUAUUCUAUAGCACACAUCAGGAACAUAGAAAAGAAGUGGAACGUCUCUUAGCAAGCAUAGGAAGGUGUCCACCUCACAUCCACGACGCGUCGUGGUGUCUACAAUACCACGUGAAGAACGAUCAGGUCGAUAAGAUCAACGAGCCUUUCUACUUGAUUUCAUUGAACACUGAGAAAGAAAGAUCUUCGGAUGAUAUCAACUUCACCUGCACAGUGGAACAGCUACAGGAUUUGGUGGGAAAGCUCAAAGACGCAGCCAAGAGUGUGGAGAAAGCCAGUCAGAUGUGAUGGGUCCAGUUUCCUCCUCCUUUCGGCACCACGGAGCGUGAACUCUCAACAGUUCCCAGCGCCAUUCUCCUUCUCCUCACAGCUCCCUUUGUACCGGAGGUUGACAUGAGAUGUAAAACACUAUAAACGAGUAUCAUUCCAACGUGUGUUUCAAUUAAAACUGAAGGAAUACAAUCUUACCUUGUGCUCUGAAUAAUAAUAUCCACAACUUGAUCACCGCUCCACGUGUCACUGCCUUUAGAAAUCACCCUUUGGUCUUGAGAUGGUACCCUUGUGUGUCAUGGAGACUUUAAACAUUUAGUUUGGUGUGGAGCCAAUAAAGUAACUGACAUGUGUUUUGACAA